GGGAAGCAGCCGGGCGAUCACCUGACACGGCCCUUGGUCAUAAACGCGAUAAAAGCGGCAUGAGGCUAGAGCCCAUCGGGAAGGGGAUGAUGCACUCAGCACUAACUGCUAACUAAUUAGUGGCCUGCCCGGGCUAGGCACUGCUGGGUACUACUAACUACGCGUACCUUAGCUACCUACCUACCUUACCCUACUUCCUCGUUGCCCUCCAUUCGAGCUUCGGGAGUUCCCAGCUUCUUUAUUGCAUCAACUCCACCAGGUCCUCUUGUCUUCGGCUUUUACGCUCUCUAACCCUAAUCCUGUGUCGACCUUGGCAGCCAUGACUUCCAUCGGGACUGGGUACGAUCUUUCCAACUCAGUGUUUUCUCCGGACGGUCGCAACUUCCAGGUUGAAUAUGCUGUCAAGGCAGUCGAGAACGGAGGAACAGCAAUUGGCAUCAGAUGCAAAGACGGUGUCGUGCUGGCAGUGGAAAAGAUCAUUACUAGCAAGCUUCUGAAGCCUGGCUCCAACAAGAGAAUAGCCACUGUGGAUCGUCAUGUUGGCAUUGUUUCAGCCGGACUGGUGCCAGAUGGUCGGCAUUUUGUCUCCCGGGCUCGCGACGAGGCUUCAUCGUGGAGAGGGGUCUACAAGGGGCCAAUCCCGAUUUCUGCGCUGUCUAAUCGCCUCGGAAGCUAUGUACAAGCUUAUACGCUCUAUUCUAGUGUACGACCUUUUGGAGUAACUGCUAUUGUCGGAGGCUGGGACUCCGAAGCUGAACUUGCCGUCGACGGCCAGGUCGGAAGUGGACCCAAGUCAGGCUCUGGUGGUAAGGUCGAGGGGGCCAAAACCGGAGGCCCGGGUUUAUAUAUGAUUGAGCCCAGUGGCCUGUAUUGGGGCUAUUAUGGCGCUGCCACCGGGAAAGGACGACAGGCAGCCAAGGCUGAGCUUGAGAAGCUUGACCUGAGCUCCGGCACACUUAGUCUGGUCGAUGGCGUGAAGGAGGCUGCUCGAAUCAUCUAUGUUGCCCAUGAAGACAGUAAGGACAAGGAGUUCGAGCUUGAAAUGACCUGGAUUAGUUCAUUAGACGGCCCAACAAAGGGGAGACAUGAGGAGGUGCCUAAAGAUCUCCUUGAGGAGGCAGAACGGGCUGCAAAAAGGGCAUUGGAAGGAGAGGACGAGGAAGAGGAUGCAACAAAGGGCAAUUCGAACGAGACUGAACGGAUGGAAGAGUGAAGUUGCGGGGCCAUUAUCUGCACCUGGGACUCGG